UCGCAUUCAAUAUACAUUAAAGUAUUUAAAUACUACAAAAUCGAUAUAUUUAUGAUUAAAUUAUCGAUAGUCGCAUACAUUUAAACAUACUCUAUUGACAUCCCAUGGCCCGGCACUUAUUUAAAUGGAAAAAACAUUGUUAUUUUUAUAAAGAUGAAGACUUGUGAUAUUUGCAGCAUUAAGACACAUGAGUCUGGCGAUGAUCCAUAUAUGUUCGGCCAGUGGAAGACUCUUAGUAAUGUGACAGUGCACUAUUUUUGCCUGUUGCUCUCCAAUAAACUUCCUCAGCGUGGCGAUGAUUCUGUAGGAAUACUUGGCUUUCUUCUAACUGAUAUCCGGAAAGAGAUAGCGCAGGCCCGGCAUAGAAAAUGCGAGUACUGUAAUAAAAUGGGAGCCAACAUAAACUGUCAUAAAUGCGACGACUGGUAUCAUAUGCCCUGUGCCAUAGCCAAUCGCUGCACCAUAGAGUUUAGCGGAAAUUUCAUAAGCUACUGUGAUACCUGUCGACCCCUGGAUGCUUACAAAUCGCAAAUACUUAAGAAUCCUCCAAGAAAACAGCCUUGUGCCAUUUGCUUCGAGACCAUUCACGUUUGCUACCUUCACUGUGUUAGCUAUGGCGAUUGCUGCCGGCUUGGUUUUGCCCACAUGAUGUGUAUGCGAAAGUACGCCAUGAGUUCCGGGUACUAUCUACGUUGUCCUUGGUGCAGGAAUUCCAAAUUCCGGGAUUUAAUACGUCUGCAGUCCAUUUUUGUUCCUGAUCGGGAUGCCACUUGGGAGCUAGAACCAAACGCUUACCGGGAUCUACAUCGAUCUGUUUUUCGAUGUGACCAAGAGGUGUGUAUUUGCCCGAAAGGUAGACAGUUCACGAACAAAUCAUGGAGCAUCUUGAUGUGUAAACUGUGUACUGUGUCAGGAGUGCAUUCGAAAUGCUUGGUAGGCACACAAGAGGUUAACAGAAAUAGUGACCCACCAAAGGAAUUCAAAUGCACCAUAUGUGUCCAAAUCAUCAAAUCUAGGUCUGACAAUUUAGAGACCUCGUUGUAUAUUAGAAAGACGGCACCAACAACUACCGAGAGCGCUACAAUUGGGUCUCAGGAACCAAUUUUCUCACCCGAAGACUGCGUUGAUCCAGUGACUUUCACUCAAGGAAUCGGCAGUACGCUUUCAAAUAUUUCCCCGCUAUCGCCACCACCCACAUGUAAUAAAGAAAAGGAGCGCUUGUGGAUACAAAAAUGCUUCAAUGUAAGCGGAGAGCCUUAUUUAUACAUGGUGGUCUACAGGACAGAUGGACUGAAGUGCUUGGGAACAUGCACAUACAGAUUUCGUGAAGAUGAUCCACGAAUCUCGGAUAGCUCUUUUGAAGCAUUGGAACUAAUAGAAGUCGGCGAAGAGGACAUUUGGUUUUGUGACGAUGAUUGCCGUUACUGGGAAGAAAACGAGUAUUUAGCUUCUAGCCAAACAUAAUUAAGUCUUAAUUUAACAGAUGCUUACAAUUUUUAAUAAAAUGUUUGAGUUUAAUUUGAUUUAAAAAAAUAUAUAAAA